AUGUUUGUUAUAUUUGGUAAAGAUCGUGAUUUAGCUUACCCAACAUUAUUCACCGUUUGUGAAAUACUUGGUUUGUUCAGUAUUUUCUUGUCUGGUUUAUUAUUUGAUAAAAAACUUUAUGCAUCAAAAUAUGUUUACAGUUGGGAUACAAAUCCAUUUAGUUUUCAUCCAUUAAUGAUGACACUUGGUUUAUUAUUUUGUUAUGGAAAUGCUAUACUUUUAUAUCGAACAUUUAAAUCAACACCUAAACCAAUAGUUAAAAUUCUUCAUGCUUCUUUACUUAUAUUAUCAUUGAUAUUUGCUGGUAUUGGAUUUGCUGCGGUUAUUCGAGGUAAAUAUCUUGGUAAACGACCCCAUUUUCAAUCAUUUCAUUCAUGGCUUGGAUUAACAACAGUAGCUUUAUUUGUUUUACAAUGGAUUUGUGGUUUUAUUAGUUUUUUAGUUCCACAAUUAAGUUUAAAUAUUCGACAAGCAUAUAUGCCAUCUCAUCGUCUUUGGGGAAAAAUUAUUUUUUUAUCAGCUACAGUAGCAAUUUUAACAGGUUUAAGUGAACAUGGAUAUGGUUCAUCAUUUUUUACAGCCAAUGAUGCUGAACGAAAACGACGUUUAAUUUUAAAUUUUUUUGGUGUAUUUACAAGUCUAUUUAGUUUAUUUGUUAUUUAUUUACUUUCAAAUUCGGAAUAUCGACGACUACCUGACGAAGAAGUUGUGACAAAUGAAUCAAAUACAUAA